AUGGUGAUCUGUGCAGCGUCCGGCGCGCGGGCGACGACGAUAGCGGUGGUGGGCGACUGCAUGCUGGGUCGCCUGGUGAACCACAUGCUGCUGCGACGAGGCAAGGCCGUGCUUCGGAGCGCGGAUGAGCACAUCGACCAGCACGCCUCUGCCCUUGCAGCUGCAUGGCAGGCAGAGCAAGGUGCUGACGAGGAUACUGCACGCAUACCCGAAGGCUUCUGGCCCGACACUUCAGCGGGCUCAUCUGCAACAACCACGUCAGCAGCUGCAGACACGUCAGCAGGAUACGUCUGGGAUGGCUGGUUGCCGUUGCUGCGGGCGGCUGACUGCCGGAUUGCAAAUCUAGAAACAAGUGUGACACGUCAUCGCGACAAGUGGCCCAAUCAGGCGUUCAACUUCAGAAUGCACCCGGUCAAUAUCGAUGCUCUCACUGUAGCUGGCAUCAACUUCUGCUCAUUGGCCAACAACCAUGUGCUGGACUUUCAGGCGCAGGGCAUGCGCGAAACCAUGGAGAGCCUGACACGUGUCGGCAUCCGAUUCGCUGGCUGCGGACGGAAUCUGGCAGAGGCAUCUGCACCGGCGUUCAUCACACUCCCUGCUGGCAACAGCUCGUUGUCGCCCAUCCAGCUGGCACUGUUCAGCGCUGCCGACCACUUCAAGUACUGGGCGGCUACAGAAGAUUCGCCGGGAAUCCACCUGAUAGACCCUGAGAGCCCUGCCAUCCGCCACCUCGCACACACCCUCAUCGACCGCUGCGGUGCCAACCUCGUUAUAGGCACGUCCGCGCACCACAUACAAGGCGUGGAAUUCCACCACGGCGCACCCAUCCUGUACAGCUGCGGGGAUUUCAUCGACGAUUAUGCAGUCGACAAGGAGUAUCGCAACGACCUCUCCUUCCUCUUCCACCUCCACCUUGACCCCGUGUCGUGCCGCUUCACCAGCAUCAGCCUGUUCCCCAAUGCCAUUCGGCGGCUGCAGGCGAGCGUGCAUGUGAGUGUGGAGGAGCGGCGGUGGCUGUACGCGCGCAUGCGGCAGCUGUGUGCUGCCAUGGGGACCAAUAUGACACCCGUGGAUCGAUCACUCCGGCAGUUGGAGAUUGUGUUCUAG